GAUGGAUAAAGAUGAUGCAGAUAGAGAGAGAAAGUAGAUAACAAAAUGAACAAGGAAAUGAAAUCAUGUGCUAAUGGAACAGGAAAUGUUUACUGAAAAGUAGAGCUACCGACCAAAUCCAGCCAAACACAACUCAAUCAAGUGAGUUGCUCAAGGAUUAGUGUCGAUGAGCUCAGUACUCGAUUCACCUCCUCUCUCAUAUAAAUCGAGCAUUCGACUCUCUUCCCUCGUCCCACCACUCGACCUCUCCCUUUUGAUCUCUUCUCUUCUUUCUUCUUCAGCUUGAAACCACCAUAGCUAGCCAGCAUGGGCAGGUCUCCGUGCUGUGAGAAGGCUCAUACGAACAAGGGAGCUUGGACGAAAGAGGAAGACGAGAAGCUGAUCUCUUACAUCAAGGCCCAUGGCGAAGGCUGCUGGAGAUCACUCCCCAAAGCUGCAGGUCUGCUUCGAUGUGGCAAGAGCUGCCGGCUCAGGUGGAUAAACUACCUCCGCCCCGAUCUCAAGCGCGGCAACUUUACGGCGGCAGAAGACGAGCUCAUCAUCAAGCUCCAUGGCUUGCUUGGGAACAAAUGGUCUCUCAUAGCAGGGCGAUUGCCGGGUAGGACCGACAACGAGAUCAAGAACUACUGGAAUACAACCAUCAAGAGGAAGCUCCUCGGCCGUGGCCUCGACCCUCAGACUCACCGACCCAUCGAGCUGAUCACUAACCCCUUCGCUACCUUAAAACAACAAGACGUGUCCAUGGCUCAGGACUGCACGACUGUAGCAAAGGUCAUAAACUUCUCCAGCGACGACGGCAGCAGCAGCAGCACCGACCUCAAUCUCGAUCUCUCCAUAAGCCUUCCUUACCACCCUUCUGCAGAAGUGUCAGUGGCAACCACAUCACAAUACUUUGUGCUGCAAUCUCGGUUUAACCCAAGCUAGUACUGAAGCCUGUAGCUGCGCCCAGAACAUCCCAAAAACACUUGUAUUUAGUUACAGUAGAGGGAGGACAACACAUACAGCUUAGAUGAGUAAAGGUGCUUCAGUAGCCAAUUCUGAUGUGUGUACUUUUUUUGCAUGCGAAAAAGGUUCUUCUGCAACAAAACGAACUGAAGUGAUAAGGGAAGCCCGGCACCGGCGGGUACGUUCUCGUUGUUGGCAUCCGAUUUGAGGCCUUUUUGUCACGUAGGGUGGCGUGGGGAAACAUGUGAAGUUCUUGGUCGCACAAGAAUCAGUAGUUUAAUGAUUGAUGACAUGAAUGAAACAAGGUUGGGUGCUGUGCCCGCAGGAUAACAUCAGACAGUAGGCGAAUAAAUUAUUCUCCAGUUUAUUGACAUGACCUGUGAGGAAUCUCCAGCUUGCUCAUCCAACUUAGACUGCCUCAAAGCAACCUAAAUGUCACUGCUUAUUCCUAGUUUGUUAAUUGUAAGGCAUGCUUAGGCUGUUUAAUUAAAUCUUGAUCCACUUAAUUGGCAUUGCUUUGGACCAGGAUAACAAUUUGAGGCUGUUGACGACACGGGACAGGCUUUGCGAUUAUUUCAAUAAUGCAUCAAGGCCCAUAGCCGUAUAAUAAUGCAUCAGAGAGAGAGAGAGAGUGAGAGAAAGCUACUACUUCCUUUUCUUGUCAUUCUGCGUCUCCCGCUCUCGAUCCAUUCAAUACUUCUCCCUAUCAGAUCUUUCUUCCCCCUUCGCCUCUUCAUGAUUCCUUCUAUUUCUCUCUUGCAGUUUUUUUUUUUAUAGUCUUGAUUUACGUGUUCUUGGCAGAAAACUUUCAGAGGUCGAUGGGGAGCUUCUAAGACCAGACCACCCUCUGCCAUCCCAUUCUGGUCACUAUGUCUUUGAUCGUUUUAUUUCUAGUUGCAACAUUGGUGAAGGUGGCAUCGCUCUAGCAGAAGCCGUACAUGGGUCAGCCCCUGAUAUAGCUGGAAAGAAUCUUGCAAACCCAACUGCUCUCCUGCUGAGUUCCGUUAUGAUGUUGCGCCACUUGAGGCUUACCGACAAAGCUGACCAAAUCCACAAUGCUAUACUUAAUACCAUUUCAGAAGGAAAGUAUCGAACGGUUGAUCUUGGUGGGAAUUCGUCAACUACAGAUUUUACAAAGGCAGUAUGCGAUCAUCUUUAGAAAGUUUGUGGCAGCACACCCGGAUAACUGGAUGGUACCAAUCAAAAUAGCGUUUGUUGAAGCGUGGAAAAGCCAAACUACCGCGUAGCUGAGCUGAAGGGUUGAAAGAAAGCAAUAGAGGGGCUUCUCGCGACGACUCCCUCCAUGCCAUGGUUCGAUUUCUGUCCCGACGACCAAUGGUGAAUCACAGGAGCAUAUGGGUCGAUUUCUGUCCCGGGAGUCAAGCUAAUAAACAACGGCAGUCAUUUUGGUUUAGAAUGGUGAGGGAUAUGCUCAACCAGAGACGUGCUUUUGACAAGUUUAUUUCAGAGAAUUUUUCUUCCAUCUCCAUGUUAAUUGACAUCUUCGUCAUCCUAACGCGCCAUCAUGACUUGGAAAUGCUCCGCUAAUUGAUAUGUUUUCUCUGUCACCAGAUUGACAUUACA